AGUCUGUGCGCUCCGCCGCCGCCGCCACCGCCGCCGCCAGGAAUCCGGAGCCGGGUUGGGGUCUGGCAGUCCCGGGACACACGUCGACGCCGCCUGGCAUGGCCGUGCCGCGCAGCAGCUGAGGCCACCCCGACAGGCUGGGAAGCGAGAACAGACGGCACCAGAGGAUCAGCAAGAGGCGAGGAGGAGAUUCCUGGGGCGGUUCCUGACUGGAGCAGAGUCCCGGCAAGAUGGAGGAGGAGGAAGGCAGCGCCACCCGGGAGGUUCUGCUGCCCGACUGGCAAGGGAGCGGCUCUCACGGCCUCACCAUUGACCAGACGGAGGAAGGGGUCUUCGUCAAGCAGGUGCAGGAGGACUCUCCGGCGGCCAAAGCGGGAGUCGUGAAGGAAGGGGAUCAGAUUGUGAGUGCCACAAUCUACUUUGACAACCUGCAGUCUGGAGAAGUCACCGAGCUCCUGAGGAAUGUCGGCCACCACACGGUGGGCCUGCGGCUGCAGAGGAAGGGAGACCGGUCCCCACUGCCGGGACAGUCCUGGUCCCACGACGUGUUUGCCCCGAGCCCAGAGGUGGUGUUGAGCGGAGACGACGAGGAGUACAGGCGGAUUUACACGACGAAGAUUAAGCCACGCCUCAAGUCGGAAGACGGCGUGGAAGUGGAGCACACGGGGACUCAAAGCAGGACCAUCACAGUCACCAAGAGGGUGACGGCCUACACGGUGGACGUCACGGGGCACGAGGGCGCCCAAGAGAUCGACAUCACCAGCCCAGAGUACAAGAUCAAGAUUCCGAAACAUGAACUCACCCACAUUUCCAAGGCGGAGAUUGAAACGGAGCCCGGGAAAACCAUCGUCAAGAUCCCUCGAGUGGACAUUUCGGGGAGAAGCACUCAUCUGGCGGACUUCCACGCUGGGGCGAGAGGCAGGCCCUCUGGGCCAGCUGCUGACUUGCCCCCCCGAAAGCUGGAGUUCGGCGUCCCUGAUGUCAGCAUGGGACAGCCUCAGGUGGGGAAAGCAGAUAUCCGCAUCUCGGGGCCCCAUGUUCAAGGGGUGGACCUGAGCCCCCAGGCAGACCUGAAGACAGGAGGCCUGGAUGCUGCCGGUUUUCACGUGGCAAGGCCUGAAAUAAAUGGGAAAUCUGGUGGUGGGGUUUCUGGCACAGACUUGAGAGCAGGGGUUUCGGGAGGCAGACUCCCGCAGUUUGGUAUCUCGGGCACUAGAGUCCAAGGGGGUGUGGGGGGCGUGCAAGCUGACCUGUCAAUGCCACACCUCAAGGGCCCUUCAGUGGACGUUUCAGGCCGCCCAAUUCAAGGUGGGCCAAGCGCCGAAGGCACCAUCACAGCACCAGAUCUCAACGUGGAGAGCAAAGGCACGGUUGCAUUUCCUCCCAUGAAGCUGCCUAAAUUCAGCAUGUCGGCUGUGGAUGUGGAAGUUCCUCAGCUUGAUGCAAGAGCUCCAUCAGUGGCCAUUGGAGGCCCAGGAAUUCCUCCACCGCAGCUGGAUGUGGGAGUCAAAGGGCUGGACAUGAAGGGUGGCGUGAAAGUCAGCUCUCCAACUCUGGAAGGCCCCAAGGUGGCUCUCAAAGGGCCCACGGCUGACAUUGGAAUGCCGGAUGUCGGACUCGAAGGGGGCGAAGGCAAAAUCAAAAUACCCCACAUGAAGCUGCCUAAAUUUUCUGCAGCGGGCCCCAUGGUGGAUGUGACUGUUCCAAAGGGGGGCGUUGACAUCUCAGGGCCCAAAGUGGGCGUUUCGGCUCCCGGUGCAGGUCUUGAAGCACAUGUGAAAGGACCCAAAUUUGGCAGGCCUGAAAUAGUGGGUCAGAUACCCCAAAUCUCUAUGUCUGAUGUUGACUUGAACCUCAAGGGCCCUAAAGUGAAAGGUGGCUUGGAUGUUUCGGGGCCAAGAGUGGAAGGGGGCUUCAAAGGGCCCAGUGUGGAGAUCAAGGGCCCCAAACUCGAUAUUGGUGCUCCCAGUGCUGGCCUUGAGGGUAGUUUAAAGGGUCCAAGCAUCUCAGCGCCAUCCUUGAAGACCUCGCCAGUAAAAAUAGCCGUGCCAGACGUGGACUUGAAUGUGAAAGGGCCUAAACUGUCAGGAGAUGUGGGCGUUUCUGUGCCAAAGUUAGAAGGUGACCUCAAGGGCCCCCAGGUGGACAUCAAAGGCCCCAAACUGUAUGGCCCCAGCAUUGGCAUCAAAGGUCCUGGUGGAGAGCUGAAAGGUCCUCACAUCAAGAUGCCUCAAAUAUCCAUGCCGGACAUUGACCUCAACUUGAAAGGCCCCAAAGUCAAGGGGGACAUGGGCGUUUCCAUUCCUAAAGUGGGAGGAGAGCUAAAAGGCCCCGGUGUUGAUAUCAAAGCCCCCCAGAUGGACAUUGGCAGCCCAGAUGUUGAGCUUCAUGGGCCAGAACUGAAGAUGCCAAAAAUGAAACUACCUAAAUUUGGCUUGAAAGGCGAAGCCCCUGAUGUAGAUGUCAGUCUGCCAAAGGGGAGUGUGGACAUUUCUGGUCCCAAAGUAGACAUUGAAGCUCCAACCAUGGGUAUCAAAGGCCCCAGUGGAGAGCUAAAAGGUCCUCAUGUCAAGAUGCCAGACAUGCAUGUCAAGACCCCUCAAAUAUCCAUGCCGGACAUUAAUAUCAAAGGCCCCAAAGUCAAGGGGGACAUGGGCGUUUCCAUUCCUAAAGUGGGAGGAGAGCUAAAAGGCCCCGGUGUUGAUAUCAAAGCCCCCCAGAUGGACAUUGGCAGCCCAGAUGUUGAACUUCACGGGCCAGAACUGAAGAUGCCAAAAAUGAAACUACCUAAAUUUGGCUUGAAAGGCGAAGCCCCUGCUGUAGAUGUCAGUCUGCCAGAGGGGAGUGUGGACAUUUCAGGUCCCAAGGUAGACAUUGAAGUUCCAACCAUGGGCAUCAAAGGCCCCAGUGGAGAGCUAAAAGGUCCUCAUGUCAAGAUGCCAGACAUGCAUGUCAAGACGCCUCAAAUAUCCAUUCCGGACAUUGACCUCAACUUGAAAGGCCCCAAAGUCAAGGGGGACAUGGGCGUUUCCAUUCCUAAAGUGGGAGGAGAACUAAAAGGCCCCGGUGUUGAUAUCAAAGGCCCCCAGAUGGACAUUGGCAGCCCAGACGUUGAGCUUCACGGGCCAGAACUGAAGAUGCCAAAAAUGAAACUACCUAAAUUUGGCUUGAAAGGAGAAGCCCCUGCUGUAGAUGUCAGUCUGCCAAAGGGGAGUGUGGACAUUUCAGGUCCCAAGGUAGACAUUGAAGCUCCAACCAUGGGCAUCAAAGGCCCCAGUGGAGAGCUAAAAGGUCCUCAUGUCAAGAUGCCAGACAUGCAUGUCAAGACGCCUCAAAUAUCCAUUCCGGACAUUGACCUCAACUUGAAAGGCCCCAAAGUCAAGGGGGACAUGGGCGUUUCCAUUCCUAAAGUGGGAGGAGAGCUAAAAGGCCCCGGUGUUGAUAUCAAAAGCCCCCAGAUGGACAUUGGCAGCCCAGACGUUGAACUUCAUGGGCCAGAACUGAAGAUGCCAAAAAUGAAACUACCUAAAUUUGGCUUGAAAGGAGAAGCCCCUGAUGUAGAUGUCAGUCUGCCAAAGGGGAGUGUGGACAUUUCUGGUCCCAAAGUAGACAUUGAAGCUCCAACCAUGGGCAUCAAAGGCCCCAGUGGAGAGCUAAAAGGUCCUCAUGUCAAGAUGCCAGACAUGCACGUCAAGACCCCUCAAAUAUCCAUGCCAGACAUUAAUAUCAAAGGCCCCAAAGUCAAGGGGGACAUGGGCGUUUCCAUUCCUAAAGUGGGAGGAGAGCUAAAAGGCCCCGGUGUUGAUAUCAAAGGCCCCCAGAUGGACAUUGGCAGCCCAGAUGUUGAGCUUCACGGGCCAGAACUGAAGAUGCCAAAAAUGAAACUACCUAAAUUUGGUUUGAAAGGCGAAGCCCCUGAUGUAGAUGUCAGUCUGCCAGAGGGGAGUGUGGACAUUUCAGGUCCCAAGGUAGACAUUGAAGUUCCAACCAUGGGCAUCAAAGGCCCCAGUGGAGAGCUAAAAGGUCCUCAUGUCAAGAUGCCAGACAUGCAUGUCAAGACGCCUCAAAUAUCCAUUCCGGACAUUGACCUCAACUUGAAAGGCCCCAAAGUCAAGGGGGACAUGGGCGUUUCCAUUCCUAAAGUGGGAGGAGAGCUAAAAGGCCCCAGUGUUGAUAUCAAAGGCCCGCAGAUGGACAUUGGCAGCCCAGAUGUUGAGCUUCACGGGCCAGAACUGAAGAUGCCCAAAAUGAAAAUGCCUAAAUUCAGGAUGCCCGGCUUCAAAGGCGAAGCUCCGGAUGUGGAUGUCAGUCUUCCCAAGGGCAGUGUGGACAUUGCUGGUCCCAAGGUCGACUCUGAAGCUCCUGGACUAGAUAUUGAAGGGCCAGAAGGCAAAAUUAAAGGUCCCAAAUUCAGGAUGCCUGAAAUGCACAUUGGAACUCCUAAAAUCUCCAUUCCAGAUAUUGACUUGAACUUGAAAGGGCCUAAAGUGAAAGGGGACCUGGAUGUUUCUGUGCCCAAAGUAGAGGGGGGAUUGAAAGGACCUGGGUUUGAUGUCAAAGGGCCCAGAAUGGAUGUGGAAAUGCCAGAUGUUGAACUUCAUGGUCCUGAAGGAAAACUGAAGAUGCCCAAGUUUAGAAUGCCUGGCUUCAAGGGAGAAGCCCCCGAUGUGGAUGUCAGCCUUCCAAAGGGCAAUAUUGAUAUUUCUGGACCUAAAGUAGACAUUGAAGCUCCUGGAUUGGACAUUGAAGGGCCUGAAGGCAAAAUUAAAAGUCCCAGAUUCAAGAUGCCAGAGAUGCAUAUCAAAGCACCUAAAAUCUCCAUGCCAGACAUCGAUCUGAAUCUAAAAGGCCCCAAAUUCAAGGGAGAUGUUGAUGUUUCCAUUCCAAAGCUGGAAGGUGACAUCAAAGGCCCUGAAGUUGACAUAAAAGGUCCCAAACUAGAUAUUGACACACCCGAUGUUGACCUACAUGGCCCUGAAGGGAAGCUGAAGAUGCCAAAAUUCAAAAUGCCCAAAUUUGGAAUGCCCGGCUUUAAAGCGGAAGCCCCAGAUGUGGACGUUGACAUUUCUGUUCCCAAAGUAGACAUCGAAGCACCAAGUUUGGACCUUGAAGGCCCUGAAGGAAAACUGAAAGGGCCCAAGUUUAAGAUGCCCGAAUUGAGUCUCCAUGCACCCAAGAUCUCUGUGCCGGAUGUGGAUUUGAACCUGAAAGGGUCCAAGGGUGAUGUGGAUUUAUCUGUCCCAAAGAUUGAAGGUGGACUUGCAGGGCCCCAUGUUGGCAUUGAGGGUCCUAAACUGGAUGUUGAUGUCCCAGAUGUGGAACUGGAGGGUCCUGAAGGAAAAAUCAAAGGUCCCAAAUUCAGGAUGCCCAAACUUAAUAUUAAAGCUCCUAAAAUCUCCAUGCCAGAUGUAGACCUGAACCUCAAGGGGCCUGGAGCAAGAGGACACAUGGACGUGACUGUUCCCAAGGUCGAGGGUGAUCUGAAGGGACCCAGCAUUGAUGUCAGGGGUCCAAAGCUUGACGUAGAUCUUCCAGAUGUUGGUCUCGAAGGCCCAGAUGCCAAGCUGAAAAUGCCCAAGAUGAAGCUGCCAAAGUUUGGGGUGCCCGGGUUGAAAGGAGAAGGCCCUGACAUAGACGUGAGUCUCCCCAAAGGAGGCCUUCAAGUUUCAGGACCGAAGGUGGAUAUUGAUGUGCCAAGUGUAGACAUUGAUGGUCCAGAAGGGAAACUGAAAGGCCCCAAGUUCAAAAUGCCUGAUCUGCAUUUCAAAACACCCCAAAUCUCCAUGCCAGAUAUUGAUUUGAACUUGAAAGGACCCAAGCUGAAAGGAGAUGUGGAUGUUGCCAUCCCAAAGCUGGAAGGCGAACUGAAAGGCCCCAGCCUUGACGUCAAGGGUCCCACUGUAGACGUAAGUGGCCCCGACAUCGAUCUCCAGAGUGGGGGGAAGCUGAAAAUGCCAAAACUAAAGAUGCCUCAUUUUGGAGUGUCAGGCCCAAAGGUUGAAAGCCUGGAUGUAGAUCUGAGUUUGCCAAAGGGAGAUCUUGAUAUUGCUGGCCCAAAUAUAGAUAUGGAUGCUCCAGAACUGGACCUUGAAGGCCCCGAAGGGAAGCUGAAAGGACCGAAGUUUAGGAUGCCUAAACUAAACAUCAAAGCACCUAAAAUCUCUAUGCCUGAUGUAGACCUAAACCUCAAGGGACCUGGAGCAAGAGGGCAUAUGGAUGUGACUGUCCCAGAACUGGAAGGCAGUCUAAAAGGACCCCAGAUAGAUGUGAAAGGCCCCAGACUGGACAUUGAGGCACCGGAGGUGGACUUAGAGGGCCCUGAAGGAAAAGUGAAAGGACCCAAGUUUAGGAUGCCUGAUAUGCACUUCAAAGCACCGAAAAUCUCCAUGCCAGAUAUUGACCUAAACUUAAAAGGUUCUAAAGCCAAGGGCGAUUUGGACAUCUCUAUGCCCAAGAUGGAAGGAGAUAUGAAAGGGCCAGAAAUUGAUAUCAAAGGACCCAAACUGGACAUUGAUGCACCAGAUGUUGACCUACAUGGCCCUGAAGGGAAACUGAAGAUGCCAAAAUUCAAAAUGCCCAAAUUUGGAAUGCCCGGCUUCAAAGCAGAAGGGCCAGAUGUGGAUGUCAGUCUUCCCAAAGCUGACUUGGAUGUUUCUCUUCCCAAAGUUGACAUUGAAGCACCAGAUUUGGACAUUGAAGGCCCAGAAGGAAAACUGAAAGGGCCCAAGUUUAGGAUGCCUGAAAUGAACAUCAAGGCUCCCAAAAUCUCCAUGCCGGACGUUGAUUUCAAUCUGAAGGGCCCCAAACUGAAGGGGGAUGUUGACGUUUCAGUUCCCAAACUGGAAGGUGACCUGAAAGGACCAGGUGUUGACAUCAAGGGCCCCAAACUGGACAUUGAUGCCCCUGACGUUGAGAUUGAAGGCCCUGAUGGAAAGUGGAAAGGUCCCAAGUUCAAGAUGCCUGACAUGCACUUUAAGACACCCAAAAUCUCCAUGCCAGAUUUCGAUUUGAACCUGAAAGGCCCCAAAGUGAAGGGGGAUGUGGAUGUCUCUAUGCCAAAGGUUGAGGGGGAUCUGAAGGGCCCCGAUAUUGAUAUCAAAGGACCGAGAUUAGAUGUUGACGUUCCUGAUGUUGAGCUGGAAGGCCCAGAAGGGAAGUGGAGAGGCCCCAAGUUUAAGAUGCCAGAAAUGAACAUUAAAGCACCCAAGAUCUCCAUGCCAGAUAUUAAAGCACCCAAAAUAUCUAUGCCGGAUGUGGAUUUCAACCUGAAAGGGCCAAAACUGAAGGGAGAACUUGAAGGUGAUCUGAAAGGGCCAGAAAUUGAUAUCAAAGGACCCAAACUGGACAUUGAUGCACCAGAUGUUGACCUACAUGGCCCUGAAGGGAAACUGAAGAUGCCAAAAUUCAAAAUGCCCAAAUUUGGAAUGCCCGGCUUCAAAGCAGAAGGGCCAGAUGUGGAUGUCAGUCUUCCCAAAGCUGACCUGGAUGUUUCUCUUCCCAAAGUUGACAUUGAAGCACCAGAUCUGGACAUUGAAGGCCCAGAAGGAAAAUUGAAAGGGCCCAAGUUUAGGAUGCCUGAAAUGAACAUCAAGGCUCCCAAAAUCUCCAUGCCGGACGUCGAUUUCAAUCUGAAGGGCCCCAAACUGAAGGGAGAUGUUGAUGUUUCAGUUCCCAAACUGGAAGGUGACUUAAAAGGACCAAGUGUUGACAUCAAGGGUCCCAAAUUGGACAUUGAUGCCCCUGACGUUGAGGUUGAAGGCCCUGAUGGAAAGUGGAAAGGUCCCAGGUUCAAGAUGCCUGACAUGCACUUUAAGACACCCAAAAUCUCCAUGCCAGAUUUUGAUAUGAACCUGAAAGGCCCCAAAGUCAAGGGGGAUGUAGAUGUUUCAGUUCCAAAAUUGGAAGGUGACCUGAAGGGUCCUGAUAUUGACAUCAAGGGACCUAAACUGGACAUUGAUGCACCUGAUGUUGAUUUACAUGGCCCUGAAGGGAAGCUGAAGAUGCCAAAAUUCAAAAUGCCCAAAUUUGGAAUGCCCGGCUUCAAAGCAGAAGGGCCAGAUGUGGAUGUCAGUCUUCCCAAAGCUGACUUGGAUGUUUCUCUUCCCAAAGUUGACAUUGAAGCACCAGAUUUGGACAUUGAAGGCCCAGAAGGAAAACUGAAAGGGCCCAAGUUUAGGAUGCCUGAAAUGAACAUCAAGGCUCCCAAAAUCUCCAUGCCGGACGUUGAUUUCAAUCUGAAGGGCCCCAAACUGAAGGGGGAUGUUGACGUUUCAGUUCCCAAACUGGAAGGUGACUUAAAAGGACCAAGUGUUGACAUCAAGGGUCCCAAAUUGGACAUUGAUGCCCCUGACGUUGAGAUUGAAGGCCCUGAUGGAAAGUGGAAAGGUCCCAAGUUCAAGAUGCCUGACAUGCACUUUAAGACACCCAAAAUCUCCAUGCCAGAUUUCGAUUUGAACCUGAAAGGCUCCAAAGUCAAGGGGGAUGUGGAUGUUUCAGUUCCAAAAUUAGAAGGUGACCUGAAGGGUCCUGAUAUUGACAUCAAGGGACCCAAACUGGACAUUGAUGCACCAGAUGUUGACCUACAUGGCCCUGAAGGGAAACUGAAGAUGCCAAAAUUCAAAAUGCCCAAAUUUGGAAUGCCCAGCUUCAAAGCAGAAGGGCCUGAUGUGGAUGUCAGUCUUCCCAAAGCUGACCUGGAUGUUUCUCUUCCCAAAGUUGACAUUGAAGCACCAGAUUUGGACAUUGAAGGCCCAGAAGGAAAACUGAAAGGGCCCAAGUUUAGGAUGCCUGAAAUGAACAUCAAGGCUCCCAAAAUCUCCAUGCCGGACGUUGAUUUCAAUCUGAAGGGCCCCAAACUGGAAGGUGACCUGAAAGGACCAGGUGUUGACAUCAAGGGCCCCAAACUGGACAUUGAUGCCCCUGACGUUGAGAUUGAAGGCCCUGAUGGAAAGUGGAAAGGUCCCAAGUUCAAGAUGCCUGACAUGCACUUUAAGACACCCAAAAUCUCCAUGCCAGAUUUCGACUUGAACCUGAAAGGCCCCAAAGUCAAGGGGGAUGUGGAUGUCUCUAUGCCAAACAUUGAGGGGGAUCUGAAGGGCCCCGAUAUUGAUAUCAAAGGACCGAGACUAGAUGUUGACGUUCCUGAUGUUGAGCUGGAAGGCCCAGAAGGGAAGUGGAGAGGCCCCAAGUUUAAGAUGCCUGACAUGCACUUUAAGGCUCCAAAAAUCUCUAUGCCUGACAUUGAUUUGAAUCUCAGGGGUCCCAAGGUGAAAGGGGAUCUGGAUGUGUCUACACCAAAGCUCGAAGGUGACUUGAAAGGUCCAGGAGUGGACAUCAAACGGCCCAAAUUGGAUGUUGACCUACCAGAUGUUGACCUGGAAGGCCCUGAAGGGAAGCUGAAGGGCCCCAAGUUUAAAAUGCCUGAAAUGAACAUCAAAGCCCCCAAAAUCUCCAUGCCAGAUUUUGACCUGGGCUUGAAGGGUCCCAAAGUGAAGGGGGAUUUAGACGUUUCUGUGCCAAAGCUGGAAGGGGAUUUCAAGGGCCCUGAUGUUGAUUUCAAGGGUCCCAAAGUUGGGGUUGAUAUUCCUGAUGUUGACAUUGAGGGACCUGAAGGAAAACUUAAAGGCCCCAGAUUUAAGAUGCCUGAAAUGCAUUUUAACGUACCAAAAAUUUCUAUGCCAGAUAUUGAUUUGAAUUGGAGAGGCCCUAAAGUUAAGGGGGAUGUGGAUGUUUCUGUUCCUAAACUGGAGGGUGAUUUGAAAGGCCCGGAGGUUGAUAUUAAGGGUCCCAAACUAGAUGUUGAUAUGCCUGGUGUUGAGCUGGAAGGUCCUGAAGGGAAAUGGAAGGCCCCUAAGUUUAAGAUGCCUGAAAUGAAUGUCAAAGCCCCCAAAAUCUCCAUGCCUGAUUUUGAUCUGAACCUGAAAGGCCCCAAACUGAAGGGGGAUGUGGAUGUCUCUAUGCCAAAGGUUGGGGGGGAUCUGAAAGGACCAGAUGUUGAUAUCAAGGGCCCGAAAUUAGACUUCGAUGCUCCUGAUGUCAAUAUUGAGGGUCCAGAAGGAAAGAUUAAAGGCCCGAAAUUUAAGAUGCCAGAGAUGAACAUCAAGGCUCCCAAAAUCUCCAUGCCGGACAUCGAUUUCAAUCUGAAAGGCCCCAAACUGAAGGGGGAUGUUGAUGUUUCAGUUCCAAAGCUGGAAGCUGACCUGAAAGGGCCAGAUGUUGACAUCAAGGGCCCCAAACUAGACAUUGAUGCCCCUGAUGUUGAGAUUGAAGGCCCUGAUGGAAAGUGGAAAGGUCCCAAGUUCAAGAUGCCUGACAUGCACUUUAAGACACCCAAAAUCUCCAUGCCAGAUUUCGACUUGAACCUGAAAGGCCCCAAAGUGAAGGGGGAUGUGGAUGUCUCUAUGCCAAAGGUUGAGGGGGAUCUGAAGGGCCCCGAUAUUGAUAUCAAAGGACCGAGAUUAGAUGUUGACGUUCCUGAUGUUGAGCUUGAAGGCCCAGAAGGGACGUGGAGAGGCCCCAAGUUUAAGAUGCCAGAAACGAACAUUAAAGCACCAAAGAUCUCCAUGCCUGAUAUGGAUUUCAACCUGAAAGGGCCAAAACUGAAGGGAGAUGUGGAUGUUUCUCUGCCCAAGGUAGAAGGCCCUGAUGUUGACAUCAAAGGCCCCAAGUUGGAUAUUGAUGCACCAGAUGUUGACCUGCAUGGCCCUGAAGGGAAGCUGAAGAUGCCAAAGUUCAAAAUGCCCAAAUUCGGAAUGCCUGGCUUCAGGGGAGAAGGCCCAGAAAUGGACGUAAAUCUUCCAAAGGGGGACCUUGAUAUCACUGCUCCAAAGGUGGACAUUGAAGGCCCCGAGUUAGACCUCGAAGGUCCAGAAGGCAAAAUUAAAGGCCCCAAAUUUAAGAUGCCAGAGAUGCACAUUAAGGCCCCCAAGAUCUCCAUGCCAGAUGUUGACUUGAAUUUGAAGGGCCCAAAGCUGAAGGGAGAUGUGGAGGUUUCACUGCCAAAGGUCGAGGGUGAACUGCAAGGGCCUGACUUGGACAUCAGAGGCCCCAAAUUGGAUGUCGCAGCUCCAGAUGUUGACCUUCAUGGGCCGGAGGGCAAGCUCAAGAUGCCGAGAUUCAAAAUGCCCAAAUUUGGAAUGCCUGGCUUUAAGGGUGAAACCCCUUCAGUGGACGUGGGCUUACCCAAGGGAGAGGUCGAGAUAUCUGGACCUAAAGUCAACAUUGAAACACCUGAUUUGGAAAUUGAAGGCCCUGAAGGGAAACUAAAGGGCCCCAAGUUUAAGAAGCCUGAAAUGCAUUUCAAUGUACCCAAAAUAUCCAUGCCAGACAUCGACUUGAAUCUGAAAGGCCCCAAAGUGAAGGGUGAGCUGGAAGGUGACCUUAAAGGCCCUAAAGUUGAACUGAAAGGGCCAGACGUUGACCUGGAGGCACCAAAAAUUGAUAUUGAAGGAAAACCAAAGAAAUCAAGAUUUAAGCUUCCAAAGUUCAAUUUUUCUGGCCCCAAAGUCCACACACCAGAGGUAGAUGUGAAGCUGAAGAAACCAGACAUUGAUGUUUCAGGGCCCAAGGCUGAGAUUCAUGGUCCAGAUGUUGACGUCCAGGGAAAAGUGAAAGGUCCUAAAUUUAAAAUGCCCUCCCUGAACAUCUCAUCUCCUAAGGUUUCAAUGCCUGAUGUGGAAUUAAAUUUGAAGGGGCCCAAGUUAAAAGGUGACCUGGAUGCUUCUGCCCCCAGCUUGGAAGGGGACCUGACCGGGCCAGAAAUUGACCUCAAGAGUCCCAAACUGGACAUUGAAGCCCCAGAUGUUGACAUUCAUGGUCCAGAGGGCAAGCUCAAAAUGCCCAAAUUUAAAAUGCCUAAAUUUGGAAUGCCUGGCUUCAAAGCAGAGGGUCCUGAGGUGAAUGUAAACCUCCCCAAGGCGGACUUGGAGGUCUCUGGCCCCAAACUGGACAUUGAAACUCCGGAUUUGGAACUUGAAGGCCCAGAGGGCAAGAUCAAGGGCCCCAAAUUUAAGAUGCCAGAAAUGCAUUUUAAUGUUCCUAAGAUUUCCAUGCCAGACAUAGAUUUGAAUUUAAAAGGCCCUAAACUGAAAGGCGAUGUUGAUGUCUCAGUACCAAAGCUGGAGGGGGACCUGAAGGGCCCAGAUGUGGAUAUCAAGGGUCCAAAAGUUAACGUAGAUGUUCCUGAUGUGGAGCUUGAAGGCCCUGAAGGAAAACUUAAAGGCUCCAAAUUUAAGAUGCCUGACAUGCAUUUCAAAGCACCAAAAAUCUCCAUGCCGGAUGUUGAUUUCAAUCUGAAGGGCCCCAAACUGAAGGGAGAUGUUGACGUUUCAGUUCCAAAAUUGGAAGGUGACCUGAAAGGGCCAGAUUUUGAUAUCAAAGGACCAAAACUAGAUGUGGAUGUUCCUGAUGUUGAGUUGGAAGGCCCAGAAGGAAAACUGAAAGGGCCCAAGUUUAGGAUGCCUGAAAUGAACAUCAAGGCUCCCAAAACCUCUAUGCCAGAUUUCGAUUUGAACCUGAAAGGGCCAAAACUGAAGGGAGAUCUGGAUGUUUCUGCACCCAAACUAGAAGGUGACCUGAAGAGUCCUGAUAUUGACAUCAAGGGACCUAAACUGGACAUUGAUGCACCAGAUGUUGACCUACAUGGCCCUGAAGGGAAACUGAAGAUGCCAAAAUUCAAGAUGCCCAAAUUUGGAAUGCCCAGCUUCAAAGCAGAAGGGCCAGAUGUGGAUGUCAGUCUUCCCAAAGCUGACUUGGAUGUUUCUCUUCCCAAAGUUGACAUUGAAGCACCAGAUUUGGACAUUGAAGGCCCAGAAGGAAAACUGAAAGGGCCCAAGUUUAGGAUGCCUGAAAUGAACAUCAAGGCUCCCAAAAUCUCUAUGCCAGAUUUCGAUUUGAACCUGAAAGGGCCAAAACUGAAGGGAGAUCUGGAUGUUUCUGCACCCAAACUAGAAGGUGACCUGAAGGGUCCUGAUAUUGACAUCAAGGGACCCAAACUGGACAUUGAUGCACCAGAUGUUGACCUACAUGGCCCUGAAGGGAAACUGAAGAUGCCAAAAUUCAAGAUGCCCAAAUUUGGAAUGCCCAGCUUCAAAGCAGAAGGGCCAGAUGUAGAUGUCAGUCUUCCCAAAGCUGACUUGGAUGUUUCUCUUCCCAAAGUUGACAUUGAAGCACCAGAUUUGGAAAUUGAAGGCCCAGAAGGAAAACUGAAAGGGCCCAAGUUUAGGAUGCCUGAAAUGAACAUCAAGGCUCCCAAAAUCUCCAUGCCGGACGUUGAUUUCAAUCUGAAGGGCCCCAAACUGAAGGGGGAUGUUGACGUUUCAGUUCCCAAACUGGAAGGUGACCUGAAAGGACCAGGUGUUGACAUCAAGGGCCCCAAACUGGACAUUGAUGCCCCUGACGUUGAGAUUGAAGGCCCUGAUGGAAAGUGGAAAGGUCCCAAGUUCAAGAUGCCUGACAUGCACUUUAAGACACCCAAAAUCUCCAUGCCAGAUUUCGACUUGAACCUGAAAGGCCCCAAAGUGAAGGGGGAUGUGGAUGUCUCUAUGCCAAAGGUUGAGGGGGAUCUGAAGGGCCCCGAUAUUGAUAUCAAAGGACCGAGACUAGAUGUUGACGUUCCUGAUGUUGAGUUGGAAGGUCCAGAUGGGAAGUGGAAAGGCCCCAAGUUUAAGAUGCCAGAAAUGAACAUUAAAGCACCCAAGAUUUCCAUGCCUGAUAUGGAUUUCAACCUGAAAGGGCCAAAACUGAAGGGAGAUCUGGAUGUUUCUGCACCAAAACUUGAAGGUGAUCUGAAAGCGCCAGAAAUUGACAUCAAAGGACCCAAACUGGAUAUUGAUGCACCUGAUGUUGAUUUACAUGGCCCUGAAGGGAAGUUGAAGAUGCCAAAAUUCAAAAUGCCCAAAUUCGGAAUGCCCAGCUUCAAAGCAGAAGGCCCAGAUAUGGAUGUCAGUCUUCCUAAAGCAGAUCUGGAUAUUUCUGUUCCCAAAGUUGACAUUGAUACACCAAGCCUGGACAUCAAAGGCCCAGAAGGAAAACUGAAGGGGCCCAAAUUCAAGAUGCCAGAGAUGAACAUCAAGGCUCCCAAAAUCUCCAUGCCGGACAUCGAUUUGAAUCUGAAAGGCCCCAAACUGAAGGGGGAUGUGGAUAUUUCAGUUCCAAAGCUGGAAGCUGACCUGAAAGGGCCAGAUGUUGACAUCAAGGGCCCCAAACUGGAUGUUGAUAUGCCUGAUAUUGAGCUGGAAUGUCCUGAAGGAAAACUUAAAGGUCCCAAGUUCAAGAUGCCGGACAUGCACUUUAAGGCACCCAAAAUCUCCAUGCCAGAUUUUGACUUGAAAGGUCCCAAGGUGAAGGGGGAUCUCGAUGUUUCUGUACCAAACCUGGAAGGUGACCUGAAAGGACCAGACGUUGAUAUCAAAGGACCGAAACUAGACGUUGAUGUUCCUGACGUUGAGCUGGAAGGUCCAGAAGGGAAGUGGAAAGGCCCCAAGUUUAAGAUGCCUGACAUGCAUUUUAGGGCACCCAAGAUCUCCAUGCCAGACAUGAACCUAAACCUGAAAGGCCCUAAAAUAAAAGGGGAUGUUGAUGUUUCCACCCCAAAGAUAGAAGGGGACCUAAGGGGGCCUGAUAUCGACAUCAGAGGUCCUCAGAUUGAUGCUCCUGAUAUUGAUAUUGAGGGGCCAGAAGGAAAACUGAAAGGGCCCAAAUUCAAGAUGCCUGACAUGCACUUUAAGGCACCUAAAAUCUCCAUGCCAGAUGUGGACUUCAACUUGAAAGGCCCCAAACUGAAGGGGGAUGUGGACGUCUCUCUCCCCAAGAUGGAAGGCGAUUUGAGUGGACCGGAUGUUGAUAUCAAGGGCCCCAAACUGGAUGUAGGGAUCCCAGAUGUUGAGCUGGAAUGUCCUGAGGGGAAACUCAAAGGCCCCAAACUGAAGAUGCCCGACAUGCAUUUCAAAGCUCCUAAAAUCUCCAUGCCGGAUUUUGACUUGAACUUGAAAGGUCCCAAGGUGAAGGGUGACAUCAAUGUGUCUGCUCCAAUGCUUGAAGGUGGCUUGGAAGGCCCAGAUGUUGAUAUAAAAGGGCCCAAACUGAAUGUCGAUAUUCCUGAUGUUGACCUAAAGGGCCCGGAAGGAAAACUGAAAGGCCCCAAGUUUAAGAUGCCUGAAAUGCAUGUUAAGACCCCCAAACUCUCCAUGCCGGAUGUGGAUCUCAACCUGAAAGGACCAAAACUGGAGGGGGACUUGAAGGGUCCCGAACUGGAUAUUAAAGGCCCUAGCCUAGACAUUGAUGCUCCUGAUGUCGAUCUUCAGGGCCCAGAUGGAAAGGUGAAGUUCCCCAAGAUGAAAUUACCCAAAUUUGGCAUGCCUGGCUUCAAAGGAGAAGGGCCACACGUGGAUGUGAAUCUACCCCAGGGGGAACUAGAAGUAUCAGGCCCCAAAGUCAACCUUGAAGCUCCUGGCCUGGACCUAGAAGGACCGGAAGGGCAACUGAAGGGCCCCAAAGUCAAGAUGCCAGACAUGCACUUCAAGACACCUAAAAUCUCCAUGCCAGAGAUUGACUUAAAUCUAAAAGGGCCCAAAGUGAAGGGUGAUGUUGAUGUCUCCAUUCCCAAAGCUGAAGGCAACUUGAGAGGGCCAGGGAUCGAAGCUAAAGGUCCAGAGAUCGACCUGGAAUGUCCAGAUGUGAACAUCGAAGGGCCAGAAGGAAAUGUUAAACUCCCCAAAUUUAGGAUGCCAAAGUUUGGGUUUGGAGCCAAAAGUCCCAAGGCGGAAGUAAAAUCUCCCACCCUGGAUGUCUCCCUUCCAGAAGGGGAACUGAAUGUUGAGUCGCCUGACAUCAGCAUUUCUGGCAAAGGGAAGAAAAGCAAGUUUAAAAUGCCCAAAAUCCACAUGAGUGGUCCUAAAAUCAAAGGCAAGAAAGCUGGCUUUGAUGUUAGCGGAGACAUGGAUGCAAGUAUGAAAUCGCCCGAUGUAGAAGGCAGCCUCUCCGCCCCAGAUGCAACUCUGAGAGGGGAUGCUAACAUCAAGUCUCCCAAGGGAAAGAAUUCUAUGUUUGGGAAGCUCUCCUUCCCUGAUGUGGAGUUUGACAUCAAGUCACCCAUGUUCAAGGCGGAUGCUUCUUUGCCUAAGGUGGAAGGAGAAAUCCAGGCUCCAGGAAUAGACGUCUCGACGCCAACUCUCAAAUCUCCCGGUCUUGACGUUACGGUUCCCAGUGGGAGUGCCAGUCUCCCGGAUGUUCAUAUUGGAGGUCCCGAUAUCAAUCUUAAGAAACCAAAGUUAAAAUUCUCAGGUGGAAACGUUGAUCUGGCUGGUCCCAAAGUGGAAGGAGACCUUAGAGCACCAAAUAUUGAAGCCAGCGUCAGCGCUCCUGACACCAGCCUCAAGGGUCCCUCAGUGAAUCUGCCUUCUGUGGGCAUUUCUGCUGCUUCUGUCUCAGCUCCUGAUCUGGAUGUUAACGUGAAAGGACCAAAGCUACAGGGCAACAUUGAGCUUCCCCAGGCAGAACUGAAAGGACCAGAAGGGAAAAUGAAGUUCCCAAAGUUCGGCUUGCCAAAGAUCGGGAAGCCUGGAGUCAAACUGGAGGGCCCGGAUCUGGACCUUCAAGGGCAAGUGCCCUCUGCAAGCAUCGAUGUUUCGGCCCCAGGCAUCAGAGGAGGUGUGGACGUCCCUGCAGUUGAUGUGAGCUGGAAAGGACCAAAAGUGGGAGGAGAUCUGGGUCUUUCUGGGGACAUUAAAGGCCCAAAGAUUGGAAUUGGUGCCCCAGAUGUUGACAUUGGAGGAUUUGAAGGGAAGCUCAAAAUGCCCAAGUCCCCAGGUCUCGAUGUCAAUCUGAGCGCUCCAGAUCUCGAUGUGAAAGGGCCAGCUGUGAAAGGAGGCAUUUCUGCACCUGAUUUUGAUGUGAAUCUGAAAGGACCAAAGCUCAAAGGAGAUCUCGGCAUUUCUGGUGGCAUCACGCCUCCCAAGGUGGCUGUCGAGGGACCCGCCCUGAACCUGGAAGGUUCUGGGGCUGGGAUUAAACUUCCGUCUCUCAAGCUUCCUCAGUUUGGCAUCUCCAGCUCCCACGGCGAAGGAGUGGAUUUAUCGGGGCCACGGGUCAAAGGGCCUGAAGUCGAUAUCAGAGGGCCUCAUGUGUCCGCCCCAGGCGUUGACUUGAACGUGAAAGGACCAAGCUGGAAGGGCAGCAACAUUGCUGGUGAUGUGAAAAGUCCAAGCGUCGGAGUGGAAAUCCCAGGCGUGAAAGUUUCUGGCCUGGAUGUGGACGCCAGAGUGCCGGAUGUCAGCUCAGGGGGGCCUUCUCUCAGCAUGUCUGCUCCCAAAGUGUCUGGGCAAGACUUGGACUUCAGCGUGAAAGGGCCUAAGGUCAAAGGAGGUCUUGAUCUUUCUGGAGGUGUCAAAACUCCAGAGCUGAGCACAGGCAUCGAAGGGACAAAGGGCCUUCAUUUUUCUGGACCAAAGCUAGAGGGUGAUCUGAAGGGUCCCAGAUUAGAGGCCAAAGGUCCUUUUGUUGGGGUGAAUGUUUCUCAAGGCCAUUUUGAGAGCCCCUCUGGGAAAGUGUCGUUCCCCAAAAUGAAAAUACCCAAAUUUGUGGCUGCAGGGCAGGAGCCGGUGGGGAGGGAGGUGGGCGUGGAUGUUGACUUCCCUCAGGCGCCAGGCGCAAGCCUCCAUGCUGGGGCGGUGGAUGUGGAGCUGGAAGAGUCCGAUGUCAAGCUUAAGAAGUCUAAAAUCAAAAUGCCCAAGUUUGCUUUCUCCAAACCCAAGGCCAAAGGCAGUGUGGGUUCCCCAGAGGUCUCUGUUUCAGGCGGGGGUGGAGAGCUGAAGGCCAGUUUAGGUUCUCUGGAGGGCGACGUGGACGUAGGGGAAGGAGGAGCAGCCUCCUCUCCCAAAGGGAAGUUCUCCUUCUUCAAGACCAAGAAGUCUCGGCACCGGUCCUCCUCCUUCAGCGACGAGCACUCUUCUCACUCCACGCCGACUGGCAUGCUGGAGUCCGAGGGGGAGAAGGGGAAGCACGGCAAGCUGAAGUUUGGCACCUUUGGGGGGAUCGGGUCAAAAACUAAAGGUUCUUAUGAGGUGACCGGAAGUGAUGACGAGGGGGGGAAGGUGCAGAGCGGGAGUGGGGCCUCGCUAGCAUCCAAGAAGUCCAGGCUGUCUUCCUCCUCGAGCAACGACAGUGGGACGAAGACUGGCUCCCGGAUGCCGGUGGUUGAGUUGACAGUGGCCAAGAAGAAAGAGUGAAGCAGAAAGUUCUCGUGUACAUAUGAUCCCUGUGUAUAUAUAUCUCUCUCUCCCUUCUCUGUGUGUAUAUAAAUUUCCUAGCUUGAAGUACUCAGCAAUAAAACUGGCGACGCCCAGUAAAACAGGAGACCCUGGCCGAAGAGGGAGAUGGCCGUUGUUUUGCUGCGAUCAGGGAAGGUGGCCAGGGACGUGAUUCUCUCUCCCAGAAUCCCAGGUAUCGAGAUAUAUCUGACAAACUGAUAUGGCGGCUCUCCUGAUAUAAAUAUGCAGCAACGUGGCAGGGUUAGGGUCUUGCUAUUCUCCCCAUGCAAAGUGGUACCAAAUUAGAAAUAAUAAAUGGGCAGGGAUGCAACGUUUUGCAAAUCAGCGGUAUCAGUCUGAAUUAAUCAGUAACAUUUGUGCCAGGGCUGUUUCUGAAUGAGGGGUUCUUGUACUGACUGCCAGUUAAAGAGGAACAGCCUGAGCCCAUGUGGUAUUUAAAGCUGUGCUCUAAGGGAGAUGGAUGUAUAGUUCCUCAGAAGUAUUUUGGAAGUCUUUCCCUGCGUUCAGGAUUAGGUUUGCGCUUUGCAUUUACUUUAAGCUUUUUUUAAAGGAGAAAAUUAUAAUUUUCAUUUUGCUGAAUAUCUUCAGUGUUGGGAUUUAUACAAUGUUUCCAUUGUAAUGACACUUCUUGGGGGAGGGGAAAGGCUGUUAUCUGCAAGGGGCUCCAGUUUCUCUUGUUUUGCAAAGAGGAUGUAUGAAAGACAAAACACUGUAAAAGUAUAUUGAUGCAACUGAGAGGUGUUGUGUGUUUCGGGAGGUUCGCAACAGGUCACGUGUUAUUGCCAACACCAAACGUUUAAUUCGCUGGGCAAAGGCAGCUGGGAAAGGGACAUAAUAAACCACCAUGUUUUAAUUUAAUUUAAGUUUUGCUUGGUUGUGGAACGCCUUUUUAAAAUAAAUUAAUGGAAAACUAUAUGUAGCUCCUCUUGGUUGUGUCCAUAUAUUUGUUGAUCUUGUACUAUAAAGGCAGAACUCUGUAGUUCUGGUGUGAACACGCAGUGACUGCUUCUCUAUUCCCUCCAGCCCCACAGAUGCUAUUUGUUAUGUUUUCUGUUAACAAAUGUAUCUUGAUUUUAAAACCAACAAGAAAAGGAAAACUCUAUUUCAGCACUUUAAUAGCAGACUGAUCUUGUAAAAUGCAAAUAAACAGUUUAUUAACCUUUGA